AUGCCUGCAGAAUCACAGUCUUUUAUGCAUCCCUUUAACCAUACUGACUUAGAAGCAGCAAUAACUGACAUGAGAGCAAAAUCUUACUACGGAUUUGCAAUGCUUUUGCAAAUGCUGAAUGGAACAUCACAACCAACUCGGGAACUAACAUUCUUGAUGCCAGAUGAUAGAGAAUUAUCUGCUUCAUCUAUUUCAGCUGAUGGAAUAGAAGAGUUUUUACUAAGCCAUGCCAUUCCAAUGCCUCUCUAUUUCAAUGAUUUAUCUCAUUUCCCAACUGGGACCCUUGUUCCCUCAGGGAUAAGCUCCAAAAUGAUGAGGAUCCACAACCGUGGGAGAGGAGAUUUCUUUGUUAAUAAUGCUCAAAUCGUUACAGCAAAUGUUUGCUUGAGCUCUGUCAUCAAAUGCCAUGGAAUUGAUGCAAUUAUUGAAUAUGAUGCUUGA